GUGAGUGUGAGUGGGGGGAGCCGGCGGGCAGGAUGAGAGCCGAGUAGCGGGAGGGACAUCCCUGCCGGAGUGUGAGAGCAGGGGGGCCGGUAACCCGAGUGAGUGCAGCCCGGCCGGGCCCCCCUCCAAACACCGCCGGGACAGAAGCUUCCCCCCCAGGGGCGAUACCGGGAGCCCGGAGCCACUCACACCGGAACCGGCCGGAUAGCGGCCCCACCAUCCUGAGACCCGAGCCGCUCUCUCCUCACUGCUCCUGCCCGGGCCGAAAUGGCAUCAGCGGCUGCCGAGCCAGCGGGAGGCACAAGCCCAGGGACGACCACUCUGAAGAAAUCCAUGGUGGCCGAGGUACCCGGCUCUUCUGCGCAGCCCGGGGCACAGACAAUGAAGAAAAUUGGGCACAGAGGUGUCGACUCAACUGGCGAGACUACAUACAAAAAGACCACGUCAUCUGCUCUGAAAGGUGCCAUCCAGCUUGGCAUCACUCACACCGUGGGCAGUCUGAGCACCAAGCCCGAGAGAGAUGUACUCAUGCAGGACUUCUACGUGGUGGAGAGUAUCUUCUUCCCAGGUGAGGGCAGCAAUCUGACUCCCGCCCAUCAUUACAAUGACUUCCGCUUCAAAACCUACGCCCCCGUCGCCUUCCGCUACUUCAGAGAGCUCUUCAGCAUUCGCCCCGAUGACUACCUGUAUUCUCUGUGCAACGAGCCGCUCAUUGAGUUGUCCAACCCCGGUGCCAGCGGUUCCGUGUUUUACGUGUCUGGGGAUGACGAGUUCAUUAUAAAGACGGUCCAACACAAGGAGGCGGAGUUUCUCCAGAAGCUGCUGCCUGGUUACUACAUGAACCUUAAUCAGAACCCUAGAACUCUGCUGCCCAAGUUCUAUGGCUUGUACUGUGUCCAGGCCGGGGGCAAGAACAUUCGAAUAGUGGUCAUGAACAAUCUGCUGCCCCGCUCCGUCAGAAUGCACCUCAAGUACGACCUUAAGGGCUCCACGUACAAGCGCCGCGCUUCCGCCAAAGAACGGGAGAAGAAGUCCCCGACUUACAAGGACUUGGACUUCUUGCAGGACUUGCCCGACGGUCUCUUCCUCGACCCUGAUAUGCACAACGCUCUUUGCAAGACAAUCCAGAGGGACUGUCUGGUGCUCCAGAGCUUUAAGAUCAUGGACUACAGUUUACUGGUGGGAGUCCACAACAUGGACUGUGCGCAGAAGGAGACGGCAGUGGACGGACACACCCAGAGCGACACGCGCCGCCCCGCUGCACAGAAGGCACUCUAUUCAACCGCCAUGGAGUCUAUUCAGGGAGAGGCGCGGCGAGGGGGCGCCAUAGAGACAGACGACCAAAUGGGUGGGAUUCCCGCUCGCAACGCCAAAGGAGAACGCCUGUUGCUCUACAUCGGUGUCAUUGACGUGCUACAAUCGUACAGGUUCAUGAAGAAACUGGAGCACUCUUGGAAGGCCCUGGUGCACGACGGGGACACCGUGUCGGUUCACAGGCCCGGAUUCUACGCCGACAGGUUCCAGAAGUUCAUGUGCAGCAUCGUCUUCAAGAAGAUCCCACUAAAAACCUCUCCCUCCAAGAAGAGCCGUACGAUGCCCGGUGUGUCUCGGAGGGCCACCCAGGCAGCAGUACCGACCCAGUUGCAGCUGGUGGAAGAGCAUAAGCAGUAUCUAGCGACUGAAGUUGAAUCAGAACCAGGGAGUCAGUUUGGUCGCCCCGACCUCCUUCCUCGAACCCCUCCUGUCGAUGAAGCAGCUAGUGACUCAUUGGCCACCACCUUAUCCACCUCCUCGCUGGGCAGCGGAGGGCUGAACUCUCCGGCACACAGGUCUGUGGGGGUGGAAGUGCACAAAGUCGAAACGACGGAGAUCGAGUUAAACGCAGUGAGAAGCGAAGUACUAGACGAAUCCAAUCAAGAAGAUGAAGCAGGAGGAGAAGAGGAAGAAGAGGAGGCUCUGGACAUCAGCCAGAUCGAGACAGAGAUCCGCUUUUGAGCUGGGAUUGGCCACGGCUGCUUUCUUUACGGUGGCUCAGCAGGGCCACAAAAAGAUUUGCCCGCUUCGUUUGCACCAAACUACCCUGGAGGCAACAUCAGUGACACAACUGGGUUUGGACGAGGGGAUCCCGUUGGCUCCGAGAGGCGGUGUGCCUGGCGCUGAUGUUCCAAGCAGACCAUUGGCUGCUCCCCAGCAGGGCGGGCCACAAGUGAAUAAACUCCUCCCAUUUGCCUUAUUCUGCAGUCCCUUUAUGAGAGGAGCUUCCUUUCCCUCCUAUUUAAGAGAUAUUUUUCUGCUCGUGUGUAGAACUCCGAUGCUGCAUUUACGGACCAAAAGAUUUUUUUGUACAAGCAUUUGCUGCCUAAGUCACCAUAACGGACGUGGUGCCGCCGGGGCCCGACAUGAGCGCCCCCUUGUGACAGGGUGGUUAUGGACAAUAUGUGUGUGUUUUGCACAGACUGCUGGUGUUCUCUAUACAAUGACAGCCCAACCAAAUCUCUCCCUGUGCCAAUGCCCGUGCCGCGGCACCGCUCGUAUUGUGUGGCGCUAAUUUCUGAUGCGGUUUCCUCAUGCUCUUACCCCCCCCGUGGGGGCAAUAACGAUUGUGAGAUUCACGUGGAAUCCUGCUCCUCUCCAUUACGGAUGGGCAGCCCUCCAGCCAUUGCUACACUACAGCCUACAGAGAGCAGCAGUUCAGCACCAGCAGGGGGGGCUGCCGGUUACCCCUCCCUUACUUGCACCCUAAAUUCCAGUGAACAUGUGGAGGGGGAAGUGGGGGUGAGCUUGUGAUGGGGGGGUUCUCUGUGCUGCUAAACUGCAAAAUAAAAGUGAGAGGUGGAUCCCUAGUGCGCUGGUGUGUGAGGGCAUCGUGGGUAUUGCACGGGGGUAAUAACGGCCUUAAGGUGCCCCUGGGGGGGGUUGCACAGAUCUGCCUGUGCCCCAAACACUAUUUAUAAAUGCCCCUCCCGUGCAGCCCGGCUGAUUUUAUCAUUUGAACCUUUUAUUCCCAUUUCGUUGAGAUUUUUUUUCCUUCACGUUGUCUUUUAAUAUUUAUGAAAGUUUUUAUUUAACUGUUUUAUUUCCGAAUCCAAGUGCUUUGUGCAGGCGCUGCCUCCCUGUAUGUACAUAAACUAUAAACC